AUGCCUCGCCCUGCUUCAGCUGGUGCACAGUGUGUUGCACCGACUGCCCUGCACCCACUGUUUGGCACACCCUAUUCUCCACAGGAACUUUCCUGGAGUCCACUAAUCUUUGCAAAAGAAGCUGCUGAGUACAUAGCAAAUGCACAAUCGGAUAGCCACGUUGGGUGUCACUACAAAAGAGGGAAAGCUUGUGCACAGCACCUUGAGCCCUCAUUCAGCUCAACAAGGGUGACACUUCCUGGGGCUAAAUGGGAGAUUGUGAACUUUGGCCCCAAGUCUUUCAGUAAAGAAAUAGAGUGUAGGAAGGACCAAGAAAAUCAGACUUCUGAAGUCACCUUCAUCCUCUUGGGCUUCUCAGAAUAUCCAGACCUUCAGAUGCCUCUGUUCCUGGUCUUCCUGACCAUCUACACAGUCACUGUGCUGGGAAACCUGGGCAUGAUCAUGGUCAUCAGGAUCAGCCCCAAACUCCACACCCCCAUGUACUUUUUCCUCAGCCACUUGUCCUUUGUUGAUUUCUGUUAUUCCACCACAGUUACACCAAAACUGCUGGAAAACUUGGUUGUGGAAGAUAGAACUAUUUCCUUCACAGGGUGCAUCAUGCAAUUCUUCUUUGUCUGCAUAUUUGUAGGGACAGAAACAUUCAUGCUGGCAGUGAUGGCCUAUGACCGAUAUGUGGUGGUGUGUAACUCUCUUCUCUACACAGUUGCAAUGUCCCAGAGGCUUUGCUCCGUGUUGGUGGCCACAUCACACUCUUGGGGGAUAGUCUGUUCCCUGACACUUACCUACUUUCUACUGGAAUUAUCCUUCAGAGGAAAUAAUAUCAUUAAUAACUUUGUCUGUGAGCACGCUGCCAUUGUUGCUGUGUUUUGCUCUGACCCCUAUGUGAGCCAGGAGAUCACUUUAGUUCUGGCCACAUUCGAUGAAAUAAGCAGUCUGAUGAUGAUUUUCACUUCCUAUGCUUUCAUUUUUAUCACUGUCGUGAAGAUGCCUUCCACUGGGGGGCGAAAGAAAGCGCUCUCCACGUGUGCCUCCCACCUGACCGCCAUUACCAUUUUCCAUGGGACUAUCCUUUUCCUCUACUGUGUUCCUAACUCCAAAAGUUCAUGGCUCAUGGUCAAGGUGACCUCUGUCUUUUACACAGUGGUCAUUCCUAUGCUGAACCCCUUGAUCUAUAGCCUCAGGAAGAAAGAUGUCUUGCAACGGUGGUGCCUUGUUUACUCAGCCUGCCUUGCUCAACCCCUUGCUGAAGGGAGUGUGCAAGUGAAAGAGUGCAGGAACUGGAGUGAGCAAGUGCAGAACCAGCUGCUUUGGUGCCAGCAGGAGCAAACUCCAUAUGAACCACAGGGCAGUAUCCAGGUGGGGUGCUUGUGA